CCGCGUCCACGAGGCGAGCAGGAAUGCAUUGACGUCAGAACACGCGCGCGUUCGCGUCAUCGAUUUAAAAUGCUGCGGAGCGUGCGCGCGCCCCGCUCUCUCUCUCUCUGUGAGUGAGCUCGAGCUUUUCAGUGUGGAAAGAAGCAGUCAUGACUGAAGUAUGUCCCCGCCGUGAUACAGUGUGCCGAGGCUGCGGACCGAGCCGCUGACGGAACCGAGCCGCUGCCAGGCAGAACCGGAACAACAUGGCGUUUUACCAACAGUGAGGAGCUUCAUCCCUUUAAACUGCUGCGACUCGUUUCCUCCUCUGUUUGAAACAUGGACUCCUCCGGAGCGUUGACCCCAGCUCAGGAUGGACCCAUGGACCCCAGGACCAGCCCGACUCGCUCGGAUCUCAGUGGUCUGUACCAUCUGGGUCGUACGCUGGGCAGAGGCCACUUCGCCGUCGUUAAACUGGGCCGUCACGUCAACACGGGCCAGCUGGUGGCCGUGAAGAUGAUCGACAAGACGAAACUGGACGUGAUGGCAUCGAGUCACCUCCUACAGGAAGUCAGGUGCAUGAGGCUGGUGCAGCAUCCCAACGUGGUCCGGCUCUACGAGGUCAUCGACACCCCCACCACGCUCUACCUGGUCAUGGAGCUGGCAGAGGGGGGCGACCUCUACGACUACAUCAUCCGCCACGACGGAGGCGUGGCCGAGGGCACCGCCAAGCGUCAUUUCGCACAGAUCGUGCGCGCCGUAGGGUACUGCCACCGGCUCCACGUGGUCCACCGGGACCUGAAGCCGGAGAACGUGGUGUUCUUCCCCCGACAGGGAGCCGUGAAGCUGACGGACUUUGGGUUCAGUAAUUUAUUCCAGCCAGGGAUGAUGUUGGCCACCAGCUGCGGGUCGCUGGCGUAUUCUGCUCCAGAGAUCCUGCUGGGAGACGAGUACGAUGCUCCAGCUGUAGAUAUCUGGUCUUUGGGGGUGAUCCUGUACAUGCUGGUCUGUGGAGUCCCUCCCCUCCAGGAAACCAACGACAGUGAGACCCUGGUCAUGAUCCUGGACUGUCGGUACUCCGUCCCCGAACACGUUUCUGACGACUGCAGAGAUUUGAUCUCCAGGAUGCUGCAGAAGGAUCCGGCUCGCCGGGCUUCGCUCGACCAGAUGGAGGCCCACCAGUGGCUGCAGGGCCUGGACGACCUUCUCCUCAGCCCCGAGGCCCCGCCCCACUGGGUCUCCGGUGCUCUUGGUGCUACCUUUCCUUCUUCGGGGGCCCCUGAGUGUGGGGAUCUGCUCGCUGCGAGGCCCCCAACUCAGCAGGCUGCCCCUCAGGCGUGGCAGCCCAGCUUCAGCCUCCGUCCGGCUCCGGUCGAAGAGACUCCUGUCAGCAGAAAUCUGCCCGCGCUGCAGCAGAUCUGUGAGGAGGAGGAGGAGGAGGAGGAGGAGGAGGAGGAUGGUUUUGUUAAAGGUGGACGUGCUUCUGUAAAUCCAGGAGAAGAUGAGAUGUUAGGAUUGGACGGUUCUGAUUCCAGAGAACAGGAUCCAGUUGAGGAGAAUGACGACAGCGGUUGUGUGAUUUCAGAUCAACCCGUCAGUCACUGGGACGAGACCCUCACCGAGACCCCCUCCUCCCUGUCUGGUUUCGGGGUGUCCUGUUGUCAACCGGACAUUUCCAACGGAGAGGACGAACCCAACAACAACACGGACAAACCCGUCCCCCUCCUCUCCACGCCGGAGUCCUCGCACGUCCCCGCGUCUCCGCCGAGAACGGAGAACGAGCCGAGCGGGAGGGCGGGGGAGUCGACGGAGAGGCCUCGGCCCCGCAGCCCGCAGGGGACCCGGGACGAGCCGGCGCCGAAGGCGGAGCAGGGGAAACGCCACAGCAUCAAGCUCCGCGAGAGACUCUUCCAGUUCCCCCUGUGUGAGAAAGCUCUGGCCUUCAACAUCCCCACGCACAAGAAGCCCAAAAUCCUGCCGCUGGCUCAGUACAACUGCUGCCACGUGCUGUGACCCGCAUCGACCCGGGUCCCAUCCUGUGACCCGCAUCGACCCGGGACGCCGUCCCAUCGCCCGCCCGCUCUCUGGGUCCAUUAUGGGACACUUGAGGCGUGGCAAACGGACUGAGACGACGAGCAGGCGGGCGUCUGCGUACCGACUAGGCACGGGCCGAUGACCGGUUUCAUUAAAACACCAGAAGGCAUCAGAAUAAAGGAACCUGUUAAACCUGUUAAAUAAGCAAAAGUAAUUGUGACCCAUCACAUCGAAACAAGGAAAUAUAGUCCAAAAAACAUUUUUGAAGCUUUUUUUUUGAGCAGCAGCAACAAAAAAAAAACUGAUUUUGAGGAACAAUGCCUUUAAAAUUCUGAAUUUUUCCCAGUGAGCUAGCAAUGUUUUUGUUUCUUUUCAAAUGGGAAAUCUUAAUAUACAAAUACUAUUUGAGGUUUCCUCUUUAUAUCGACAUCAAAAAUUACUCUCAGGGUUCCCACAGAUUCUUAAAAAGUCUUAAAUCAAUCUUUCAGAGGUCUUAAAA